AUGGCUGACGCAUUAUUGGCGUCUACGCCUGCUCGGAGUGGUGAGAUCUGGACAGUAGGUAAGAUGCGGCUCACGUCGCGCGAGGCACUUACCUCGAAUAAAGGUGUGUUUGACGCAAGUACCAAAGCUAGAAUCCAUAAUGGUUUUUGGGUUGGUGCUCUGACCUGUAAAGGUCGUAAAAUCAAAGCGGUUGAUCGAUGGUUGUAUAUACCCAGUGCGUUGCUUCCGCCAGAGGAAGACAUUGCACAGGAUGCUGCCGAUCAAGUCGCCGUGAUCGUCUGUGAGUUAUUGAGUAAGUGCCCAGAGACUGCGGUGCGACCCGGCGUGGUUCUGGCUCAAUUGCUGGUGUCUAUCGCGGUGCAGCGCUACUUUGAGAACACACGACCCAUCUCAUUCUAUGUCGAUCGCGAUAUGACAGUUUUCAAACAGAACUUCGGCUUCUCGAUUGCGUGGGACGUGGAACGAGGCGAUCGAUACUUUGCAAAAGUCUUGGCCCUCGAUUCUGAGUUGUUCCUGUUCACCAAGAAUGAGGCAAUCAAAGUAUGGGUUCCCUUGGGAGAUAUUGACCUUGAUGUCAAUAUUCCAACAAUUCCAUUGUCAAAUCUACCAGACGUAGAAUAUGGCACUCGUGGGCCGAACAUCAAUACGCUGUCGCCGAAGGACAAGCUCACGCAUGAAAAGGCCAUCGAGCUAUGCCACUACGUACAGUACGCGAUGUACGGCGCCGUUGGAGACAGAGAUUAUCUGCAGGCGCAGGCAAACAGCAUAGCUGCCGUUUACUGCCGUGGUGGCAAUCGCACGCUGGGUAAAUCCCUGAAGGGUAUUUACGAUCAUCGUAGCGUCUACGCUGUCACGAAGAAGAAAGAACGUGGCCGCAUUGAUAUCGAGCAGUCGAUCCCGACGGAGAAGGAUGUAGGAACGAUCUCUGGAGACCAGGGAAAGAGACACAAACUUCUUCCGGCUAUUCAGAUAAUUGGCUAUUCAAGGGGUCGAACAUCUGUCGUUCUUGAAGAGCUCGUGACGGCAUUGCUUGAUGGCAACUGCAACCUUUUGCAGGCUUGGGAGAUGGCUUGUCUGAAGGCAGACAGCGUCAAUGUGACUCACGAUCGGUCGUUCAUCACCCACUGUGAUCAUACCGACGAGGAGCGCUGUUGUCACUUGCAUGUCUGUCAGGGCUGCUUUACGCUCCCGUUCUGCCGUGACAUGCAAAUGCAUCCUCUGGUCCUGCGAGUCUGUCUUGCGUGUGUGUCAAAGGUUCUCCCGGUAGAAAUUGCCGGAUUUAGUGCGACCGGGCAGCCCCAUAGCUCCACGGCCACGGCUGGAUAUCACGGCAGAUUGCUGAUUGUUCUUCGAGCCGAAGAAUCGAAUCUGACCAAACGACGCGGCAUUGCCAAAGAGCAAGACGACAAGUGGCGUAACAUCGACGGCUGGGAAGACCAGUUCAUUGAUGUGCGACGCUUUGACGUUCUGCCUUUAGCAACGGCCACCCGCACGUCACCAUUCCUUGCCAGUCCAGAUGCGGCCACAAUUUUCCACGUGGAGGACGGCAAGACGUCGUACCACCACAGCGGAAAUGUGGUUCCGACUGCGGCUUGGGCAAAUCAGGCCUCGCACACUUACCUAAAGGGCGUGUUGCAGGUCGCAUCCGACUUUUUGAGCAAGCCGGUAGCCGAGCAUCACCAGCUCAACGUCCGUAUGGAUCAUCUAUUCGCGAUUCGUCAAAAAUUUCCGUGGUACCGAACAGCCAGAUUGGAUAUCAAGAUGAGUCCAGAAGAAUUUGACUCUGCGCGCGAGGAAUGGCGGAAUGGUGUGUAUCGCAAACCCGACGAGGUUGUGUACUAUAACAUACAUUUUGCCAGCCUCAAGCAGGCGAAAUGGGACAAGAAGCGUAUGCGUGAGCUUACCGACGCCAUUUUGGACUUUGCGCCCGCUUCAGAAAAGUGGCCAAAUGUCGAAAUGCCGCGUGGCAGCGACGGUGCGCCGUUCCCAUGGAGACGAGAUCACAAGCCGGACGACUGGUCUUGGGAAUACCUCGAGGGUUGUAUGAUGUAUCACUACAACUUGAUGUGGUUUUGGUGCAACAAAGACUUCAUCACCGAGGAGACUCCAACCUCUCUCUGCUUUGAACUCAUUUGGCAGUGGAGGAUUAAUGCUGGGAGGUGCGCCUAUCUUGGGAUACCCCUGACGCUUUAUUCUCACCACCCGUCAGAGUUCGCCAUCGGGCAUGAACAUCACGGGCGGGCUAUGCGUACGGCGUGGCCGAAUGCCGAUACUAUCACCGAUAUGGAUUACGCGGAAUCCGACUACGAUCAGAUGCGCAACGAGUUGCAAACGCGCUGCAGAGAUCAGACCGAAUGGUUUGUACGUCCAAAAGACGCAUUGCCUUCACUGGUCUUUGAGCGCUCACUCCCGAAGGCAUUGCAAGUCGCGAAGCGGUUCGUCACCAAGCUCGCCGACGAUGACAUGGACGAUGUACGGGAAGUACAUGUCAAUGAACUCGAAGACGACAUUGGUGACACGCUGGACGAAGAUGUUGGCGCCGACAGAGAUGAUGGAGACGAUGAAUGA